AUGAUAAAUCUAGUUGGGCAAAUCAUCGACCAACUGAUCGACCAACUGAUCGUCCAACUGAUCGACCAACUGAUCGAUCAACUGAUCGACCAACUGAUCGACCAACUGAUCGACCAACUGAACGACCAACUGAUCGACCAACUGAUCGACCAACUGGUCGACCAACUGAUCGACCAACUGAUCGACCAACUGAUCGACCAACUGAUCGACCAACUGAUCGACCAACUGAUCGACCAACUGAUCGUCCAACUGGUCGACCAACUGAUCGACCAACUGAUCGACCAACUGAUCGACCAACUGAUCGACCAACUGCUCGACCAACUGCUCGACCAACUGAUCGACCAACUGAUCGACCAACUGAUCGACCAACUGAUCGACCAACUGAUCGACCAACUGAUCGACCAACUGAUCGACCAACUAGUCGACCAACUGAUCGACCAACUGGUUGACCAACUGAUCGACCAACUGAUCGUCCAACUGAUCAACCAACUGGUCGACCAACUCGCUUGUAUCUAA